AUGAACUCACCAAGAGUACCUCCUCCUAUGCCUCCUGGUGCUACUGGACCGGCUUCUAUGCCUCCUGGUGCUACUGGACCGGCUUCGAACCGUGCUGCUUCCUCUUCUCGUUCCAAUAGCUAUCCGCAGAUGACUCUCAAUGCCAUGCUCAAUUCACCUGCUAGGCUAGCACAGCCUCAUCUCCAUCCAGAUAAAAUCAAUGGAGCUUUAUGGUUUGGUAUUGACCCAUGUGUCAACUCUUUCAUUCGGGCAACUUGGCAAGCAUACUACAUGGGGCCUUGGAAGAGUUGGAGGACGGUUCCUGAUGAAAGGAGGGAAUCAUGGUGGCAAACCUUUGUGCAAAAUUUCUAUUGGGACCCUGAGUUUAAUGACUUAGUCUACGGUCUUUGGAAGAAAGAAACGUGGACAACCAUUGGUGAAAGGAUAAGCAAGAAGAAGAGGCAACAUAAGAAGCCAAAGUACAUCAAUGAAGCUGACUGGACUCUCCUGUUAGAGUAUUGGGCGACCGAGGCAGCUAAAAAGAAGAGCAAGAAGGCUGCAAAAUCUCGCAAGUCUGAUCCUGAUUGA